GCGGGAGGCUGAAGCCGGUCAAUAUGGUCGGUACUUGGUUUCUCUGCCGGGGUUUUACCACCCUGGCAGGGUUGUUGCUCCUGCCCUUCGGCAGCUUGGCCGCUAGUCAGAUCGAGGAUCAAGCAGAACAGUUCUUUAGAAGUGGCCAUACAAACAAUUGGGCAGUUUUGGUGUGUACAUCCCGGUUCUGGUUUAAUUAUCGGCAUGUUGCAAAUACUCUUUCUGUUUAUAGAAGUGUCAAGAGGCUAGGUAUUCCUGACAGUCACAUCGUUCUGAUGCUUGCAGAUGAUAUGGCAUGCAACCCUAGAAAUCCUAAACCAGCUACAGUGUAUAGUCACAAGAAUAUGGAACUAAAUGUGUAUGGAGAUGAUGUGGAAGUGGAUUAUAGAAGUUAUGAGGUAACUGUGGAGAAUUUUUUACGUGUAUUAACUGGGAGGAUUCCACCUAGUACUCCUCGGUCAAAACGUCUUCUUUCUGAUGAUAGGAGCAAUAUUCUUAUUUAUAUGACAGGACAUGGUGGGAAUGGGUUCUUGAAAUUUCAAGAUUCUGAAGAAAUUACCAACAUAGAACUUGCAGAUGCUUUUGAACAAAUGUGGCAGAAAAGACGCUACAAUGAGCUACUGUUUAUUAUUGACACUUGUCAAGGAGCAUCCAUGUAUGAGAGAUUUUAUUCUCCUAACAUAAUGGCUUUAGCCAGUAGCCAAGUGGGAGAGGAUUCACUCUCGCAUCAACCUGAUCCUGCAAUUGGAGUCCAUCUUAUGGAUAGAUACACAUUUUAUGUCUUAGAAUUUUUGGAGGAAAUUAAUCCAGCCAGUCAAACUAAUAUGAAUGACCUUUUUCAGGUGUGCCCCAAAAGUCUAUGUGUGUCUACCCCUGGACAUCGCACUGAUCUUUUUCAGAGGGAUCCUAAACAUGUCCUGAUAACUGAUUUCUUUGGAAGUGUACGGAAAGUGGAAAUUACAACAGAGACUAUAAGUUUGCAGCCAGAUUCAGGAAUCAUGAAAAGCAGCCAUGAGAAAGCUGGAAUGGAUGAGGAACUAAUGGAACCUCUGAAAUAUGCUGAACAACUUCCUGUAGCUCAGAUAAUACACCAGAAACCAAAGCUGAAAGAUUGGCAUCCUCCUGGAGGAUUUAUUCUAGGAUUGUGGGCACUCAUUAUCAUGGUUUUCUUCAAAACGUAUGGAAUCAAGCACAUGAAAUUCAUUUUCUAGAUGCAAUGAUGUAUGAAGAAGACUGCAUGGAAGACUACAACCUUGGAUAAAAGUUGAUGUCAGUAUAUUUGACAAAAUACAUUGCUCUUGUGUGACUUUGUGAAAAAUACAAGGGAACUAAAUUUGAAUGAACCAUUGAUUUUAUAACUUAAAGAUAAUUGUUAGAGUGUUAAAUGCUAAAUAUGUAUCAGUUUUUCAUUUUAUGUGUUAUUAAAGUAUUUGGCCAAAAAA